ACGCGGUGUAGGGACAGGAUCUUGCUUCAAUAUAAUAAUACUGAAGGAGACAAGCAGUCAUUAAGUUUUACUACAGAGACUUUGCAACAAAAUGGCAUUUGUCACAGUGAUCUGCAUUUUGACACUACUAGCGACAAAGCAGUAUCGACGAAAUACACAAUUAUAAAUGGCAAAAGACCUCCAUUACCUAGGAAUGGCAUAAGUGAUGAUUCAAAUGGACCACAAGGAACAGAAUUUCAACUCAAGAAAUUCAAAGCCAAUCUUACUACAGAAGCGCCUUCUGCCGCUGGGAAAGUGAAAUGCUAUUCCCUCCCAGGGUCUGCAGCCAGAGUUCCAUGCAAAAGAAAGAUGGCGAAAGGUUCAGAGGAAUCUCUUAUACCAUUCAAAACUCGUCGUAUUGAUGAAAGGUCACAAUGGUUGAGGACAACACAGAGGGGUAAGCGUGAUUAUGAGAAACUAAAGAUUCAGCUGGAAGCCAAAAAUAAUGAACCGAUAACUGCACUGACAGUCGCUUGUGCGAGUCGACAAGAGUUUGCGCGAUAUCGCAAGCAGGCUGAGAGUCAGCUGUCGGAGUGGCAGGGAAGCGUAAAGGAAAGUGAGCAGUCCCACGCAGAGCUCACGGAGAAAUUCACUAGGCUUGAACGAGACUAUGCUGCCAUGACAGACCAGUUUGAUCGGGAAGAACUUGCGUUAUCAAAGGCUGUAAAACAGGAAGCUGCUGCUAAGAGCCAACUGGCUGAGAUGAAGAAACGUUUGGCAGAACAAGAGAAAACAAUUCAAAGAAAGGAUAAACAGCUGCAGCAAUAUGAAAAAGAGUUAUUAUGUACUAAACAACGGAGGUCGACAUUACUGGAGGUAUAAAGGUGCUAGAAGAGUAUUACGAUCAAAGAUUGAGAAAUGAGAAGCAGUAGAAAGUAUUCUGAUCUCAAAACAAUCAUCUGGGCAAUGAUGGAGGCAGCAAGGAUUUCUGAAACGUUGGCAAAACUUCUACCAGACUACACGGUGCAACAACUCAGAAGACAGCCAUCUUCAACAUAUUUUGGAAAGUUCAAUUCUCAUUACAAAAUUUGAAGCUGUAAUGUAUGUAUGAUAUUUUGAUAAAAAUGCUGUUUUAUGUUGACAUUGAUGGCUGUUUGUCCAUUCUGGUUAAAUCACUUGUAUACUUAAAAAAAAUUAUGAUUCAGUUAAGUCGGGUAACUGGCUGGUCAAUUGAAAUGUGAUUUUAGAGCCUUCUGCAUAUACAGAAUGUCCCAGGAGGAAAGAUCAAUAUUCUGGGAGGUCAUAGUAUCAGUCAUUCUAAGCAAAAAUUGUUGAUAAGAAAGAGAUAUUACGUACUGUUUCUAAUACCGGUAUUUAUUGUUCAAGUGACAAAGUUGGUGCAGUUUACCUAGUACAAUACAUUUUUGAAAAUUCCACCGUCAACUUCAAUGAACUUUGCAACUCAUGUGAGGACAUGACGUGUUGCUAGUCUGAGUGUGUCUUGACGUUCGUUUAUGAGGGCGAUAACAUCCAAUAGCGAAGGGCAAUAUUGAGCGCCAAAUCCAAACUACUGUACAAUGAAAUAGCCCUGUCUCGGAAACCGUUAGGAAUAGGACACAUGUACACUUUUUUGCUUAGAAUGACCGAUAAUAUGACCUCCCAGAAUAUUGACCUUUCCUCCUGGGACACCUGUAUAUCAGUUGUCAAGUUGGCCUCUCUCAUCAGAAGAAAAAUGCCUCAUCAUAAUUGGUACCUUUCACAAGAGAAGUACAUUGCAAUAAAUUCCAAAAUUCUAUGCUGAAACUAUGUAUAUGCAUCAUAAAAACCUUUUGUUUGCCAUAUUUGCAUUACUGAUGUGAAAAUGUUCAUGCAACAUGUUUUCGCGUUCAGUUUUCAACCUGACAAUUAAAAUACUGUCAGUGACCCAGAGUACUCUUUAUUUUCAUUUGAUACCAUCAUUUAAACUUUUUUUCAAACCAAAAAAUGUUUUAUGGUUCCAUUUUCCUCUUUGUAUGAUAUAAGCCACAUUAAUUUUAUCAUUGAUUUUAUUACCAUAAUAUAAUUUGAAGAACACUUAUUUUUAUAUUAAGAAUUUUAAUGGUUCUUGCUGUGUAAUUUAUGUAAAUAUAUUACGUUUCAUUCCAAGAAUUUCAGUAAUUAACACAAAUACUUGAAAAAAGUUUUAUUUUAUGAAAUUUACGUACUGAAAAUUGUAUGUCGUUUUAAGAUGAUAAUGUAUAAGAAAAAGAAAGAAAUUUUACUGCUUUCAAAACAA